GGAUGUUGCUGGUCACUACUGACACAUUAGGCCAUGAUUUCCAUGUUUUUCAAAUACUGACACAUCCUUGGUCAUCAUCACAAAGUGCCGUCCAUCAUUUGUAUACACUUCACAGGGGAGAGACUGAAGCCAAAGUCCAGGACAUCUCCUUCAGCCACGACUGCCGCUGGGUUGUGGUCAGCACGCUGCGAGGCACUUCCCACGUGUUUCCCAUCAACCCCUACGGCGGGCAGCCCUGCGUGCGCACACACAUGUCGCCCCGUGUGGUCAAUCGCAUGAGCCGCUUCCAGAAGAGCGCAGGGCUGGAAGAGAUUGAGCAAGAGCUGACGUCCAAGCAGGGAGGACGCUGUAGCCCUGUUCCAGGCCUGUCAAGCAGCCCGUCUGGCUCACCGCUCCAUGGUAAAUUGAACAGCCAGGACACGUACAAUAACUUCACAAACAAUAAUCCUGGGAACCCUCGACUGCUGCCGCUUCCAAGUUUGACCGUGGUGUUGCCUCUUGCUCAGAUCAAGCAGCCAAUGACAUUGGGGACCAUCACCAAACGCACAGGACCUUACCUGUUUGGAGCAGGAUGUUUUUCCAUAAAAGCUCCAUGCAAAUCCAAACCAGCUCCACAGAUUUCACCCAGUAAGUCUGUGGGAGGAGAGUUUUGUGUCGCUGCAGUCUUUGGAUCAUCAAGGUCAUGGUUUGCAAACAAUCCUGGUCUGAAAAGAGAGAAAGAUCAAUCGAAACAGUUUGUAGUGGAGUCGCUGUAUAUUAUCAGCUGUUACGGGAGCCUGGUGGAGCACGUGCUGGAGCCACGGCCGCUCAGCACCGCUCCGAAGAUCAGCGAUGACACCCCUUUGGAGAUGCUGACGUGCCCAAGAGCCAGCUGGACUUUGGUUAGAACUCCUCAGUGGAAUGAGCUCCAACCACCAUUUAAUGCAAACCAUCCCCUGCUCCUGGCUGCGGAUGCCGUGCAGUACUACCAGUAUCUGCUGGCUGGCUUGGUGCCACCAGGGAGCCCCGGACCGAUCACUCGACAUGAGUCGUACGACAGCUUAGCAUCCGACCACAGUGGGCAGGAGGACGAGGAGUGGCUUUCACAG